GACGCUUUGGAAACCCCAUCGCUUAGGUGACGUGAAGCGGCUCUUUGUGUACAGAAACAGAAAAGGGGGUGGACGUGAACAGGAUCGCUACCAUGGGUUAUCAGUAUAGCCAGUGCUCACGGAAGAUUCAUCAAUCGAACUUGAAUAUUCCGAAACCGUGCGAGACCCAUUCGAAAUAAGAGUAGAAUUAUUCAAUCAACGAUUGAGAAUAAAAUCCCUAAUAUUUAUUAUGAAAAAACUUUUAGUGGAUCUAGACGACAAUAACAUUGAAAGAAGCGCCAGACCAUCUAUAUUAGACACUGCGAAGCUGAUUUUCAACACUUUGAACCAUGUCUUCAUCGGGUUCGUCUUCAUCUACACCAUUUGGAUUUGCUACAAAAAUGGAUUCGAACUGGUUUUCACGUGGCAUGUUAUUCUCUGCGUAUUCGGAUUCCACGUUCUGAUGGCAGAAUCGAUCUUGGUGUUCUACUCGGGUUGUUCGUGGGCGGUGGCCUUGACAAAGCCGCAGCGUAAGACAACUCACUGGAUCAUGCAGGUGGUCGGAACCGUUUGCAUCAUCGUUGGCAUAGCACUUGAGUUCUAUUGGCGCCAAAUCAAUGCCAAGAAGCACUUCCACGGGACGCACUCGAUACUCGGUUUGGUGGCUUUAAUUCUACUGAUAGUGAAUACGGGCAGCGGGAUUUGUGCGCUGUAUGCUCGGGAGCUGCGGAAACGCUUUAAACCAAUCUAUAUUAAGUUGAGUCACCAGUUCAUUGGACUGGCAUGUUUUGUCAUCGGAAUGGCAGCCCUUGUACUGGGAUAUAAGAAGCGAAUCUUCAGAGACAAUACGUCACCGGAGUUGUUAGUAGCGCUGCAGAUUUUCACGAUUUCAGUAAUUUUUCUGAGUGUUCCGGGAGUACUACGGACGUUAGUUUCGCAAGCUAGGAAUCUAAUGCGGUGAUGUGAAUCAAGUUCAUAGCCAUCUAUCCAAAUUUACAUAGAUGAAUAAGCAGAAUAAAUCACAAAUAUUCUUGUUGGGAAGUUGGUGAACAAAGCACAUAGUUUCCGUUUUUGUUUAUACAUAUGAGUAAUUGCCAGAAAAGGUGGUACAUCAACCAUUUAUGUGUUUUUUUAUUCGGCCUAUGUCAGUGGUGACAGUGGUGACAUGUUUACAAAUAAUAAAACGCUGCUAAGAACUUGCAUAUCCGACCAACUAGAACGCCAGUAUCUCUAAAAUAAAGUGCCCCAUU